AUGGCUUAUUCUAGUUCAACACGGGACUUUGUUGCGCUUUCAGAUCUGCAUCCAAAUCUUGCUCGUCCUAAUGUAAUCGGUGUGGUUAUUGGGAAAACAGAUGUCAGAGGCUUUCCAGACAGAAAAAACAUCGGGUCAGAAAGAUAUACCUUCAGUUUUACUAUUCGUGAUUCACCGACUUAUUUUAUAAAUGUAAAUUCCUGGGGCAGAGAAGAAUAUAUUAGAUCACUUUCAGAAAGCUUUAGAGUUGGUGACUGUGUUACAAUUGAAAAUCCUUUAAUUCAGUCAAAGGAAGCAGAAAGGGAAGAAAAAUUCAACCCUGUAACUCCUAGUUGCUACAAAUUAUUGCUCAGUGAAAAUCAUUCCAAAGUCAAAACAUCUUCAUGUUAUGAAAUGGACACCAAACUACUUUCUCUGUUGCAUCUGCCUGUCAAGGACCCUCAGGAUUAUUAUUCACUGGGUGAUAUCAUUGCAAAUGGACAAAGCCUUGAUGGACGAAUCCUUAAUGUGCUUGCAGCUGUAAUGUCAGUUGGGGAGCCAAAGUAUUUUAUGACUUCAGACAAAAGAAAAGGUCAGAGGUGUGAAGUAAAGCUGUAUGAUGAAACAGAGAUAUCUUUUCCAAUAGUAUGUUGGGAUAAUGAAUCUAUCCAGCUUGCACAGAGUUGGAUCCCACGAGAAACAGUAAUAUUUGCAUCAGAUGUGAGAAUAAAUUUUGACAAAUUUAGGAACUGUAUGACUGCAACUGUGAUAUCAAAAACCAUCAUUACAACUAAUCCAGAAACAGCAGAAGCAAAUCUUCUCUUCAGUUUCAUAAAAGAGAGUGCACAGUCAGGACCUUUGCAUGAUAAAAUAGAGGAGCAGUCAAAAGAAUCCAAUAACUUGGAGACUAUAGUUGAUGUUUAUACCGUGGAACAGCUGAAAGAAAAAGCUUUACAGAGUGAUGGGAAACUUGAACCAGUCUAUGGCAUUAUUUAUGGCUACAUUUCUACACUGGACAUUGAUGAUAAUGCAUCUAAAAUUAUUCGCAACAGGUGUUCAAUAUGCCGUUUUCUGGUGAAUGAAACGUCAAACACAUGCACUUUCUGCAGUGACAUCUCUUCAGAUUCAAAGUCAACUUUUGCAAGCUUUGACAUCCUUGUUGAUCUGACAGAUCACACCGGCACUCUUUAUUCUUGUUACCUGUCUGACUGUGUAGCUGAGGAAACAUUAGGCUGCACAGUCCGUGAGUUCCUCACUCUAACAGAAGACAAGAAGACUGCAUUGAAAUGGCAACUUCUUUUGGAACGAAGCAAGAUUUAUUUUAAAGUUACUUUGUCACCCAGCUGGAGAACUGGACUGAAAGUCAAUGUUCUUUCAUGUAAACUUGCAGACCCUAUAGAGGCCAGUCAGAGCUUGUUGGGAAAAGAGUUUGGAAAUAAGAGAUUACACUAUAUGGCUUGA